GGUCCGGGGUGUCCGUCGCCGUCCACUUGAGCACCUUCAGUCACCAAAAUGGCGAAUGUGGUGCUGGAGUUUAAGGUUUCUGCCGGUGAUUCAGAGCCACAGAGUCGCCCUGUCCUGAUCAUCGGGCAGCACACCAACCUGCAGCAGGUCAGCUGGAGCCAGAUCAAAGGAAAACUCCAGCCGGUCAUUAGCAAAGAGAUCUGGCAGGCAGCUCUGAGUGCUUUAAACCCAAACCCCACGGACAGCUGCCCCCUGUACCUCAACUAUGCCACAGUGGCCGCCAUUCCCUCAAGGGUCAGCAGGCACAACAGCCCGUCUUCUGCCCACUUUGUGUCCCGCCUGGUCCGUUCUUGCCUUCCUGGAGGGAAUAACCGCUGCAUUGUGAUGGUGUGUGAGCGUUCAGAUGUGUUUGCAUCUUCCUGUGCUAUGGCCCGGGCCUUCCCCAUCUUCUCUCGCCGCUCCGCAUCCUCACGCAGAACUGAGAAGAAGCAUGUGACCGUGGAGUUUUUGAUUGUUGGGCAAGAUGCCAAUCCUCUGGAGGCUGCAGAGCUUGAGUGUCUUUCUAACGCUGCUGAUGGAGUUCGACUGAGGGCUCGCAUUGUGGACACUCCAUGCAAUGAGAUGAACACAGAUCACUUCUUAGAUGAAAUCAGGGCUGUGGGGAAUGAACUUGGAAUCACUCCAGUUAUCAUUCGUGGAGAGGAACUGAAACAAAAAGGGUUUGGAGGUAUUUAUGGUGUUGGAAAGGCAGCAGAGCACCCUCCUGCGUUAGCGGUACUGAGUCACACUCCUGAAGGCGCUACCCAAACAAUUGCAUGGGUGGGCAAAGGAAUUGUGUAUGACACUGGUGGACUUAGCAUUAAGGGAAAGACCACAAUGCCAGGGAUGAAAAGAGAUUGUGGUGGAGCUGCUGCCAUUCUGGGAGCAUUCAAGGCCACCAUUAAACAGGGCUUUAAGGAUAAUCUCCAUGCAGUGUUUUGCCUCGCAGAGAACUCAGUUGGACCCACAGCCACGCGACCUGAUGAUAUCCACAUUCUCUAUUCUGGAAAGUCAGUGGAAAUCAACAACACCGAUGCAGAGGGCAGGCUGGUGCUGGCUGAUGGAGUAGUGUAUGCCAGCAAAGACCUGGCUGCUGAUAUUAUUCUGGAUAUGGCUACACUGACAGGUGCACAGGGAAUCUCCACAGGAAAGCACCACGCAGCUGUGAUGACAAACAGUGAGCAGUGGGAAGCUGCAGUUGUGCGUGCGGGCCGUAGCAGUGGGGAUCUCGCUCACCCUCUGGUCUACUGCCCCGAGCUGCACUUCAGCGAGUUCACCUCUGCUAUGGCUGACAUGAAGAACUCUGUGGCAGAUCGGGAGAACGCGCAGAGCUCCUGUGCUGGCCUCUUUAUUGCAUCUCACCUGGGCUUUGAUUGGCCCGGUGUCUGGGUCCAUGUUGACAUUGCCUCUCCUGUUCAUGCUGUGAGUAUCCCAUGCUUCGCUGUGUGGAUGUGAUUUUUAAAAAGCAAGCUAACUAAAAUAACUAAAAU